AUGGCAGCCGCACAGGAUAACCGCAAGUCCGUGCUUAUCACUGGAUGCUCUCCCGGCGGUAUAGGCAAUUCACUUGCCCGAGAGUUUCAUCGAAAUGGUUUACGUGUAUUUGCGACAGCACGAGACGCAAAGACUAUCGAUGACCUUGCCGCUCUGGGGAUCGAGACGGUAGAUCUCGUCGUUGACGAUGAAGAAAGUGUCAAGUCCUGCUAUGCCGAAGUCGACAAGAGACUUGGAGGCAAGGGUCUCGAUUACCUUGUGAACAAUGCGGGCCGCAACUAUACUGUGCCAGCCAUGGAGGUCGAGCUCACGGAAGCCCGAAAGACCUUCGAGACCAACUUCUUUGCGGUCAUCUCCAUGUGCAAGACCUUUCUGCCGUUAUUAAUGAAGGCAAAGGGCACUAUUGUGAUGAUUGGUAGUGUGGCUGGGGUCAUACCUUAUGUUUUCGGGUCUGUAUACAAUGCCUCAAAGGCUGCAUUACACUCUUUCAGCGACACGCUACGAGUAGAGCUCGCUCCCUUUGGUGUCAACGUCACAACGGUCAUCACUGGCGGCGUGCAAUCUCGCAUUGCGCGUAUCCAACGGACUCUUCAACCCGGUUCUAUCUACGCCCCUAUUGAGGAUGAGUACACUCGCCGUGUGACACACAGUCAAGCCGGCGCGAUGCCGCAUACCGCAUAUGCACGCAGCGUCGUCACACAAGUCCUGUAUGGAUCAGCGCCGUGGCGGUGGAUAUGGCCCUGGGCACAAGGCCGAAAGAGUUGGAUCUGGGAGGGUAAUAAGAGCUGGCUGAUUUGGCUCGUAUGCGGUGGUUGGGCUUGGACUGGCCUGUUCCAAGGGAUCAUGACGAGGAUGUUCAAGCUCCACAAAUUGAGGAAAGUUGUUGGAAAGUAG